CCAGCAUCAAGCGUGAAAUGACCUUCUCUGCAUUUCAACAGGAGGAUGUAAAAAGCGACAUCAGUCAAAAACUGCCAGACCAACAGUUUCUCCUGUUUGCCACAAAGGAGGAAGAUUUUAAAACAGCAGAGACCAAAAAACCAAACAGAGUUCAUGAGUAUGAAAAGGAAAAUACUCGUUCUAUUUGUCUUCUUGAACAGAAGCGCAAGGUGGUUUCUUCAAAUAUUGAUGUGCCCCCAACAAGAAAAUCAUCAGAAGAACUGGACAUGGAUAAAGUAACAGCAGCCAUGGUACUAACCAGUUUAUCCACCAGCCCUUUGGUUCGCAGCCCUCCUAUCCGACCCAAUGAAUCCCUAAAUGGAUCUUGGAAAGAAGGAGGAUUUGUGCCUUCUAGUACCAGCAGUAGUGGAUACUGGAGCUGGAACGCUCCCAGUGAUCAGUCCAACCCAUCUACCCCAUCUCCGCCUCUGUCAGCUGAUAGUUUCAAAGCUUUUCGAACACCUUCCCAGCCAGAUGAUGGUAUUGAUGAAGCUGAAACAAGCAACCUUCUCUUUGAUGAACCCAUUCCUAGGAAGAGAAAGAACUCAAUGAAGGUGAUGUUCAAAUGCCUGUGGAAAAACUGUGGAAAGGUACUGAGCACAGCUGCAGGGAUUCAGAAACACAUACGGACCAUUCACCUUGGACGUGUAGGGGAGUCUGACUACAGCGAUGGAGAGGAGGAUUUUUACUAUACAGAAAUCAGGCUCAACACGGACUCAGUAGCUGAUGGCUUAAGCAGUCUUUCUCCAGUCUCUCCAUCUUUAGCAUCUCCUCCUUCCUUUCCUACCCAAGAUGCAAUCCGUCCUGAAACUUCCUGUGCCAAAACUGAGACUAAAUUGAUGACACCUCUGAGCCGCUCAGCUCCUACCAACCUCUACCUCGUACACACGGACCAUGCUUACCAGGCCACUCCUCCGGUGAACAUUCCAGGGUCAACAAAAUUCACUCCUAACGGCAGUAGCUUUAGCAUCUCUUGGCAGUCGCCUCCAGUUACCUUCACUGGCAUUCCAGUUUCACCAACUCAUAAUCGUCCUGCAGGGAGUGGAGAGCAGAAACAGUCCCACACAGUUCUUUCAUCACCGCCUAGAGUAGCAUUUGGCUUGAGGAAGCCUAGAGGGGAGGGGAAAAAAUGUCGAAAAGUCUAUGGGAUGGAGAACAGAGAUAUGUGGUGUACUGCCUGCCGGUGGAAGAAGGCCUGCCAAAGGUUCAUCGACUAAAGAUUGGAAUUAUGCAGAGGAUUUGGGGAUGGGGGAGGACAGCAGCAGAACCAGAUUGCUGCAGCUGCACUGUAUCACUUCCUAUUUUCCCUCCAGUGAUGUGGUGUUUGUUGUUUUUUUAAUGGUUUUUUUUUUUUUUGAAGAGCUUUGUAUUUCAAAGUGAAGCACUUGUAGCCAAGGAGAAGCACUAAUCAAAACCUGUGUGGAGCAAUAGAGCAAAAAAAUAAUAAAAAAACAAAACCGAGAACAUGCAACAAAAUUCUGUCUUACUAAGUAUUGAAACCAGAGCAGCUAUUAGUGUUUUUCUGUAAAAGAAAGGAAAAAGUUAAUUUUUUGCUAACUCCAUGAACUACUUGCUCCUUAGGACCAUUUUUAACCGUUUCAGUCUCUGUAUUGUGAACGUCUGUAUUGGCUAAACUGAACAAUUUUUCUUUUCCUGGAACGAAGAUCUUUUUUUUUGAAAGCUUUCUAAUAAACACUUCAGAGUCAUAUAAGCUACAGUUUACUCAACAAAAGCUGAACAAGACUGGAGCCUGCUAAAUAAUUCUCCUAAUAAGAGUGAUCAUGGUUAUAUUAUAUUUUUGGAAGGGGGAUGUGGGGAGGAGUUGGAUUUUUUGUUUGUUUGUCUAUAGGAGAAAAGUCUGAAUUUGCAAGAAGGACAAGCAGUGUUCCUGGAAGAUUUUUAAACCAGACGCAGACCGAUAGAGUGGAACAAAGUAAUUUAAGUACCAAAUUGGAUUUUGAUCCUCUAGAGGAAGAAAAGCAUCAAUGGAAAGUCACCAGCAGAUGUUGUCACAACAGAAGUUGAGAGCAAGAAAUCCACUGAUCCUUGAUUGAAACCCAAAAAAAUAUAAUUGGGGUCCAGUAGUUUUUCUUACCACUGUCUCCUUUCCUAAGGAGGAUUAACCAUUGGACCAGCUCGUCUGUUGCUGCAGAAGCCCUGUAAAGAACUGGUAAAUGCAGCCACUAGGAUUAUAUGUAAUAUCUAUUCAGGGACAUGAUCCAGCCCAGCAGUUCCACUCUUGUUUCCUUUUCUCCUGUUUGAGAGAUUGUUGUUAAACUGAUGAUUUGCUCAGUGGGGUUUUUUUUUCCAUUAAAGUUGCUAACAUUUAUUUUGUAAAAAAAAAAAAAAAAAAAUUUGCUAGAGAAAAGAAAAUACCCCCUUUCCACAGAAAGAGAAGUACAACAGCAAAGGAGCAAUGUAUUUAUGGUAAAAGUCCAUUUAUGAACGCAUUUUGAUAUCUGAAUUAGCAAAGUUUUUAUACUGGCAGUGUUUGGAUAGAUUUGGGUACUUUGUAUGUCUGUCCAUUAGAAAAUAUACACCCGAACAGAGAAAGCUGGUGUUCUGUCCCAACUUAUAUGGAAUUCCCAUUAAUUAAUUGUUAUUUUAGUGGAAAAAUAAUAUGAGGAUUUCCUAGGAUAUGAAUGUAUACCAUUAAACAAUACUUGCCUGUUCAACAAAACAAGACACCCACAAAAAAAACCACCCAAGCAAAAGUUUGCCUAUUAGUAGAAGCAUGCAGGCCCACUAUCUUCUGAAUUUCUUUUUCAUACCAUCUGAAAUUAGACCAGAUUUUUUUUUAACUGUGUAGGCUGCCUGAUCCUCACUGAAAUAAGGGGACUUUAAGUAUCUGAACAGCUUUCUAAAAUCUGGUCCAAAGUUCAAGUGAUAGCUUUACUAAGUGUGCAUUGCUGCUUAUGCCCAUGUAAAAGCACAAACUGUAAGCAGUUGUUUAGAACAUGUACUAUGAAAUCAGUAAAGUACCGCUAGGCAGUAAAAUAUAUAAUAGGAGCUACUAAAGGAUAUCAUUUUUUUUUUGUUUUUUGAACAAGCUGAUUGGGCAAUCAAACGCCUAAUUUGAGCAUGCUAUUUCAGUUGUUUACAAAUUGUGUAAUUUACAUGCACAAGUGGCAAGAUGUGCUUGCAUGCACACAAUUAUUUGAUUCUGUGCCCAGUUGUGUUCUUAGGUCUUGUAAAAAGAAAAGAAAAAGGAAAUAGACUCUGAAAUUUAGUAAGAUGCUGAAAUAUAUAUACACAUGUAUGUAUAUAUAUAAAAUCUGUGAUCAACAGGGAGGAGAAAAUGGUUUUGUUUGUAAAAGAAGGAACCAAACUUUGGUCAAUAUACAUAGCAACUGCUUUAUUAUCUUUCCUCUUAGUGAAAUGUGGGUCAUGGUUUUUCUUUGUAUGUUGUAUUAUUUUGAUUUCCAUAGUAAAAUCCCUCAUAUUAAUUCAUAAUCAUUUCAUCUUAAAACGCUGAGUUUGCUGUUUGCAUAUUUCCUUUGGGAGAACUUAGAAAAUCUGCAUCUUUUCAAAGAUAUUUGUGCUAACUUUCCCCACAUUUUUUUCAAACCCUCCAAGACUAAUUUUAAGGAGUUUGGUAAUUAAUUUGACCAUUUUUAGACUUACGCUGUUUCCCUAUUUAUUUGUUAUUCCCCUCCUUUUCUAUUUUCACUUCUUUGCUCUGGAGGUUUUUUUGAAAAUAGUACAUUAGAUUGUAUAUUUUUUCUAUAAUGCUAUGGCAUCACAAGCACCUUUCCUAAGGGCACUUUACAAAUUAAUCUAAUAAAAUUAUCUUUUAUAAAUUUCUGCACAGAAGAGUAAAAUAUGUCUGGUGUUAGGGAGUAAACAUAGUUUUAAUGGUCCUGGAACACUGGUGUUGUUGCCAGACUAGUUUGCCUUCUAGUAUAGAGUUGAUUUGGAUUAAAUAUAGGCACAAAAGCUACAAAUUAUCAAAACAUGAUAGAAAGUUUGCGUUAACAAACUGAGGGCAGAAAAUAUUUGAUCCAGCAAAAAUCCUUCUAGGUGAAAGUUAAACCAUCAGCAUUUUUACUCAAGCUUUAAUCCACAGAGUUUAUACUAAAUCAGUUUUGAAUCUUAUGACUGUUGAAUUUUGAUUCAAAGGUACACACUCCUAAAGCUAACGCAUCUCAGUCAGGGCCUGAAAUAGAGAGAUGGCACUGCCCUCUUUAACUGCACAUACGCUCAGAUUGCUUCACAUUUCAUACUCGGAUUACUUCAUGCUGCCCAAGCAUUCAGCUGACUGCUUCAGCAUCCGCAAAGGUCUCCUUAGCCCUCUUAACAUACCCAGCAAGGACAAAAAAGUCAGCAAAGCCUUUGCUCUUUUGGCGUUACAGAGUGCAAGCUGAAAUAACCUCUUCCAUUCAUGAAUGUAUUGCUUCAGUAUUGUUUUAAGCUAUAUUACUUUGUCCUACUGUCUGAUUCAGGUCAGAAUUCCACAAAGUCCUCCCAAAACCAGAGUAUUAUGUCUUUGUUUCCCACAGAAGAGCUAGCUUGAAUGCUUUGCUCAUCUACCACCAUCAGUAAACACCGUUUCUCAUAUUUUCUGUUUCUCUGUAGGAUAAAGGUUGUUGUCUGUGCCCUUCCAAAGAAGUCGGAAAGAAUGGCCAGACUUCAUUAUGCAGUGUCUGUGUGCUACAGGUCUUUGGACAUGUGCUCAUUUAUGUCAAAAGCCAGAAUUUGACCCUAAGAUAUAAAGAUGGAAGGAUCUAUUUUACUAAUUUUGAGCUCUUACUAGUAUUGGUGCUGGUAAUAGAAGUUGCCAACAUCAGUAUCAGACUUGGUGUCAACAGCAUAGGUCCCAAAUAUGUUUCUUGGAGUCUUCCUGCUGCAACAAAGAUAUUCCCCACUUCACCCAUUCCCCCAACAAUUGCCUGGAAAAGGAAAUCAUUUAAGAAGUGGGAAAUUUUAGAGGCAGUUUUAGAAUGUGACUGUGUUGGAACUGCUCCUGUAUGAAACAGCAGCUAUUGGGCAUUAAGUACUCUGACCAUCUUAUUCAUAAAAUUAUUUCCACCCAAAACAAUGUGCCUGAUUCUCUAGUGCCUUGCACAAGUGUAAAUGGAUGCACAAGAUGCAAAGUGAGCAAAAACUUUUCCAUUGCAAUUUGCGUGUUUACACUUACUUUUAAUUGAUGUGAAUUGUCAUUCAUUGUUGCAAAAACCAGACCUGUGAGGCCUGCUUGUGUGAAUAAGUUGAGCAGAAUGCCUGUCUGUUGAAUCACAUUACCAAUGUCACUAGCCUAGUAUGAGCAUUACCUAUCUAACGAUCCAUAAAUUCCUUGCAUCCGUUCUCCAUAACAUACAUCACUUUCUCAUUCUGUCCCUUUCAUUUUUUAAGAUAAUGCAUAGAUAACAGAAGGCAAAGCUGUAGCAGAGACUUCUUGUAGGACAUGCAUUUAAAAAUGAGUUCCAGCUCCAUUCAGUAUCCCAGAUGUUGACCCUUCCUUGUACCUGACCUGUUUUUUUUUUUUUUUCAUUCAUCCUGCUCCAGUGAGACAGUCUGAAUGGUUUUCUAUUUUCUGCUACAGUCUGGGACCAGCUAGAGUCAGCCUGCCUAAAAAUCAGGACAAUCAGACACAGCUGUUAAGUGUGGCAAGACAAACACUUUUUUUUCCCCUGGUCUGUAAAUAUGUUGAAACACCGUCUCAGAAACCGGACAUGAAAUUAAGAAGCUUGCUGGCCGUAUGUGGAGACAUAAUGAGUUACAUGUGAGGCCCGUGUCUGUUAAUUCAAACUUCAGAGCAGUCUUUG